AGGAGGUGGCGAGGAGCGCGCCGGCCGCGGCCGCGGGGGGGGGGGUUUGGAAAAAUGACUCAGUAAGUUCAGCGCGCCCGCUCCGGCCGGCCCUGCGCCUCCCGCCGCGCCCGGGAUGUAUUCGUCCCCGCUCUGCCUGACCCAGGAUGAGUUCCACCCGUUCAUCGAGGCGCUGUUGCCUCACGUGCGCGCCUUCGCCUACACCUGGUUCAACCUGCAGGCGCGGAAGCGCAAGUACUUCAAGAAGCACGAGAAGCGGAUGUCGAAGGACGAGGAGCGCGCGGUGAAGGACGAGCUGCUGGGCGAGAAGGCCGAGGUCAAGCAGAAAUGGGCGUCGCGGCUGCUGGCCAAGCUGCGCAAGGACAUCCGGCCCGAGUGCCGCGAGGACUUCGUGCUGGCCAUCACCGGCAAGAAGGCGCCGGGCUGCGUGCUCUCCAACCCCGACCAGAAGGGCAAGAUGCGUCGCAUCGACUGCCUGCGCCAGGCCGACAAGGUGUGGCGGCUGGACCUGGUCAUGGUCAUCCUCUUCAAGGGCAUCCCGCUGGAGAGCACCGACGGCGAGCGCCUGGUCAAGGCGGCGCAGUGCGGCCACCCGGUGCUCUGCGUGCAGCCACACCACAUCGGCGUGGCAGUCAAGGAGCUCGACCUCUACCUGGCCUACUUCGUGCGCGAGCGAGAUGCAGAGCAAAGUGGCAGUCCCCGGGCGGGGAUGGGCUCCGACCAGGAGGACAGCAAGCCCAUCACACUGGACACCACCGACUUCCAGGAGAGCUUCGUCACCUCCGGUGUGUUCAGUGUCACUGAGCUCAUCCAAGUGUCCCGGACACCUGUGGUGACUGGAACAGGACCCAACUUCUCCCUGGGGGAGCUGCAGGGACACCUGGCAUAUGACCUAAAUCCAGCCAGCACCGGCAUGAGAAGAACGCUACCCAGCACAUCCUCCAGCGGGAGCAAGCGGCACAAAUCGGGCUCGAUGGAGGAAGACGUGGACACGAGCCCCGGCGGCGAUUACUACACCUCGCCCAGCUCUCCCACGAGUAGCAGCCGCAACUGGACGGAGGACAUGGAAGGAGGCAUCUCAUCCCCGGUGAAGAAAACAGAGAUGGACAAGUCCCCUUUCAACAGUCCGUCUCCCCAGGACUCGCCCCGCCUCUCCAGCUUCACCCAGCACCACCGGCCCGUCAUCGCCGUGCACAGUGGGAUCGCCCGGAGCCCUCACCCGUCCUCGGCCCUGCACUUCCCCACCACGUCCAUCUUGCCCCAGACGGCCUCCACCUACUUCCCGCACACGGCCAUCCGCUACCCACCUCACCUCAACCCCCAGGACCCGCUCAAAGAUCUCGUGUCGCUGGCCUGCGAUCCGGCCAGUCAGCAGCCUGGACCGUUAAGUGGAAGUGGCCAGCUCAAAAUGUCCAGUCACUGCAUUUCCGCUCAGAUGCUGGCACCCCCGCCCCCCGGGCUGCCGCGGCUGGCGCUCCCCCCCGCCACCAAACCCACCUCCGAGGGAGGAAGCUCGUCGCCGACCUCGCCCUCCUACUCUACGCCCGGCACGUCCCCUGCAAACCGUUCCUUUGUGGGAUUAGGACCAAGGGAUCCAACGGGCAUUUAUCAGGCACAGUCCUGGUAUCUGGGAUAAGAAAGAUUUCUUCCCACGCCCUGCUCCUUCGUCCCGGGAAUCGCGGGGAGCUACACAGCCGGCCCCCGGCCCACGUUUUCGGUGGCAAGCUAGAGCAAGCAAGAACACCCCGCUGACUCCCAGCCCGGCCGAAAGACAAAACACACAGACACAUAACACACAGGAGGAAAAGAAAAAAGAAAAAAAAAAAAGGAGAAAAAAAAAAAAAGACAAACGGGAAAAAAAACAAAAACAAAAGAAAACCACACAUAAAAAUAAACCCACCCAACCAAGAAGAUAAAAGGUAAAGAUGGCAACGCUUCGGACUCUCGGGAUGCCGCGGCCGGACGGACCGGACUGGAGGGCCAGGCCCCACUGCCCCUGGGAGCGGGCGCUCGGGGCGUCCUAAGUUAUUCAUCUCCUCUCGCUGCUGCUCUGGGAGGGCCGGCUGCCCCCACCUCCGCCCUGGACCAGGUGAGCGCAGCCUGGUGCCCGUGCCCAGCCGACGGGGCAGGACACCCAGCGAGGCCGCCUCUCCCGCGCGCCCCCAUCGCCACUGCCACCGGGACAGUGUUUGCCAAGUGGGGAGGCAGCCCCCGGGGGGCCGGCGAGGACCCCGGCGGCAGGCAGCAGAGGCCACCGCGGAGGCUGGGGUGGGCAGGGGUGCGACAGGGGCAGAAGAGGGUUGCGGGGAGACCCCGGGCAUCGCCGGGGGACAAGGACGCAUGGCCAAUACUCUCUCAGGAGUGCCCCGCGGUUGUGGACGUCUCCGCCCCCCACCCCCCCCACCC